AUGGAGAAUCAGAGCAGUGUGACUCAGUUUUUCUUGGUUGGGUUUACUAUCUCUGUAGAACUGCAGUUGUUUCUCUUUGUGGUUUUCUUUGCUAUCUACCUAUUGACUGUGACUGCUAAUGUUGCUAUCAUUAGUUUGGUCCGCAUAGACACUAGACUUCAUACCCCCAUGUACUUCUUUCUUAGCCAGCUCUCUUUCCUAGAGAUCUGGUACACAUCAUCCAUUGCUCCUAAACUGUUGGCUAAUUUGGCUGGAUGGAAACACAUUUCACUGUCUGGCUGCCUCUCACAAACAUAUUUUUACUUUUCUUUGGGUUCCACAGAGUUUUUCCUUCUGGGAGUGAUGGCCAUUGACCGGUACUUGGCUGUUUGCAACCCACUGCGUUAUCCGGCCAUCAUGAAUGCUCAAGUAUGUGUACAGGCUGUUUCAGCUUGCUGGUCAGUUGCGUUCCUCUCUGUGUUUUUCCUUGUGCUUCUGAUAUCUCGAUUAACAUUUUGCCCACCUGCAAUCAUCAACCAUUUCUUCUGUGAUCUCCCACCUCUUCUCCAGCUUUCAUGCCAAAACACCUUGUUAGAGGAAAUUGUAGUCUUCUUUUUUGCUUGCAGUAUUGUCCUCACCUCAUUACUCCUUACGGUUGUAUCCUAUGUGCUCAUCAUAUCUACCAUAUAUAAAAUUCCAUCCACCAAAGGCAGACAAAAAGCUUUCUCAACCUGUGCUUCACAUUUCACAGUGGUCACUAUUCUGUAUGGCACCGUCAUAUUUAUUUAUGUUCGACCCAAUGUGUCCUACUCAAUGGAUGUCAAUAAAGUUUUAGGAGUUUUCAACACAGUGGUGACACCAUUGCUCAACCCUGUAAUUUAUUGUCUGCGGAACAAAGAAGCAAAAGAAGCUCUGAGGAAGGUAUUACAGCAGGCAGCGCUGGGAAGUAGCGGAUUCUGUCCUGCGUGUGCUUCACCCUCCCCUCACCCUGUACUGCAGGACUUCCAGGUCGCUGAGGUGGCUGGUCUGCUGAGGCACAAGUAA